GGCGGGCCGAGCCGGGCCGGGCUGCGCCUCGCCACAGCGCAGCGCCGGCAGGGGGGCGAUGGUGGCGGCGUGAGGCGCGGCGGGGCCGGGCUGCGCCCGCUGGGACGGCACCGGGAGCGUGACGGGACCCUGACGGGGCACGGUGUGAGCCCGGGGCUCAGCCAUGAGGCCGCGGGACGACAGCCGCGGGGCGCUGCCGCCGCGGUAACGGGCAGCGCCGCCCGAGACCCUCCCGUGUGAGGACCGGGAGCCAGUCCUGCAGUCUCCACAUCAUCCACUGCGUGAGGAAUGAUGAUUCCAUGAGAGAACUUCCUUUCAGUCUUUCUCUUACUCAUCCGCGCCUAUUGCAUGCUGCUCCUGGACAGUGAUGAGCCAUUCAGCUACGCUGGGAUUUUUCCCAUGAAGAAGGGAGAGCCGGAAUAUGAAUUGUAGACAUCCUCUCAAGCUUCUUGUGCAUUGUUUUUACUGUAUCUGUCUAUAAAUCUGCUAGCAUUGAGCACAUACACCCUUAAACCUACAUUGGUAUUCCCAGAGUUGCUACUGUGUCACAGGACUGGUAUUUCUCGCCGUCAUGGCUUCAGUUUGGAAAAGACUGCAGCGUGUUGGGAAGCACGCAUCCAAGUUCCAGUUUGUGGCCUCUUACCAGGAGCUGAUGGUGGAGUGCACCAAAAAAUGGCAGCCAGAUAAACUCGUGGUGGUUUGGACAAGAAGAAGCCGAAGAAAAUCCUCUAAGGCUCAUAGCUGGCAGCCCGGAAUCAAAAACCCGUACCGUGGAGUGGUCAUAUGGCCUGUUCCUGAAAAUGUUGAAAUUACUGUGACGCUUUUUAAGGAUCCCCACGCUGAAGAGUUUGAAGACAAAGAAUGGACGUUUGUCAUAGAGAAUGAAUCUCCUUCUGGCCGCAGAAAAGCUCUUGCCACCAGCAGCAUCAACAUGAAGCAAUACGCAAGCCCCAUGCCUACACAAACAGAUGUCAAGUUAAAAUUCAAGCCUUUGUCGAAGAAAAUAGUAUCUGCCACACUACAAUUCUCUUUAUCUUGUAUUUUCCUGAGGGAAGGGAAAGCCACGGAUGAAGACAUGCAAAGCCUGGCUAGUUUGAUGAGUAUGAAGCAAGCUGAUAUUGGAAAUCUAGAUGACUUUGAGGAAGACAAUGAAGAAGAUGAAGAAAACAGAGUGAAUCAAGAGGAAAAGGCUGCGAAAAUUACAGAAAUUGUAAACCAGUUGAAUGCUCUGAGCAGCUUAGAUGAAGAUCAAGAUGACUGCAUAAAGCAAGCAAAUAUGCCUUCAGCUAAAUCAGCCAGUUCCUCUGAAGAGCUUAUCAAUAAGCUUAAUUUCCUGGAUGAAGAGGAACCAGACCUGGCUAACUCUAGUACGAACCCUUUUGGUGAUCCCGAUGCAGCAGAAUUAAAUCCAUUUGGAGACCCUGAUGCAGAAGAACCGGAUACUGAAAUCGCUUCAUCUUCAAAGCCAGAAGAAAGUUUCUAUGCUGACAGUUACAGUCCCUUCAAGGAUGAAGAUGCCCCAGAGUACUUGAACCCAUUUGAUGAGCCAGAUCCUGAGCCUGAAGCAUUUGUAACUGCAAGAGAUUCUUCUCCUCAACCUGCGAAAAGGAAAAAUGUCAGACCCGUGGAUAUGAGUAAAUACCUCUAUGCAGAUACCUCCAAAGCCGAAGAGGAAGAGCUAGAUGAAUCAAAUCCGUUUUAUGAACCAAAAUCAAGCCCUGCUUUAAUUAAAGUUGCUCCACUGCAAGAACCAGAAAAGAAGAUGAAAAGAAAGGCUCCUGAACCACCAAACCUCUUGCCAAAGACAGAGACAGGCAUGAGUGAGAACAUGUCAGCUAUUCCUGCAUCGAGGGAGCUUUCUUCUUCUCCUAAGCCAAGCCCAAUACCAAGUCCCAUUUUGGGGAGAAAGCCAAACGCUAGUCAGUCCCUGCUCGUGUGGUGCAAAGAAGUUACAAAAAACUAUAGGGGAGUGAAAAUCACCAAUUUUACAACAUCGUGGAGAAAUGGACUGUCGUUUUGUGCAAUACUACAUCACUUUAGACCAGAUCUUAUUGACUACAAGUCCCUGAAUCCUCAAGAUAUUAAAGAGAACAACAAAAAGGCAUAUGAUGGGUUUGCCAGUUUAGGAAUAUCACGGUUGCUGGAGCCUUCUGACAUGGUUUUGUUAGCGAUACCUGACAAACUGACUGUCAUGACCUAUCUCUAUCAAAUACGGGCGCAUUUCUGCGGCCAAGAAUUAAACGUGGUUCAAAUCGAGGAGAACAGUAGUAAAAGCACAUACAAAGUGGGGAACUAUGAAACGGACACAAACAGUUCCGUUGACCAGGAAAAAUUCUACGCAGAGCUGAAUGACCUGAAGCGGGAGCCUGAGCUGCAUCCGUCGGAUGGUGGUCUGGCAGACUUUGCUUCUCAGGACGACUCCGUGUUUGUCAAUGACAGCGGUGUCGGCGAGUCCGAGAGCGAGCAUCAGACUCCCGAUGACCAUUUAAGCCCAAGCACAGCUUCCCCUUCUUCUCGCAGGACUCGAAGCGACACGGACCCCCAAAAAUCCCAGCAGAGCUCUGGAAGGACUUCUGCCUCUGAAGAAGUUGGGAAGUGUAGCAGUACAGACACAACACAAGCGCAGCCUGUGUUGGGAAAGAAGAAGUUGCUGAAAGCUGACACGUUAGACUUGAGUGACUUGGCACAUGUCAGCGAUCAAAAGGAGGACACGUCUCCCACCGUUGUUGGUGAAGAUAACGACAAGAAAAGACACCAGAGUUCAGACAGUACCGUUGGUUUCUCAGAGCAGGAAAAGCUGGGGCAUAUGGGAUCCACAGAGAGCACAAGACUAGAUCCUGGUUCACCUGUCGCAAAGCCAAGUUUAUCACCUACUUCUAACCUUGGGUACCUUUAUAAUAAGGAUGCGGGUCUUGCGAAGAAAACGUGUGCUUCUCCGAGGCAAGCAGAAUCUGAAUCUGACAACGAUGCCAGAGCGGCUUUAAAUCAUGCAGAUCCAGCUGAAAAAACAGCCCAGCAACGAAUGUUGUCAAGACAGGAAGAACUUAAAGAACGAGCAAGAGUUCUGCUUGAGCAAGCAAGAAGAGAUGCAGCUUUAAAGGCAGGGAACAAGCAGCUAACGAAUACGAUCAUCCCAGCCCGCAAUAAGCAGCUGAAUGAUCAGCAAGAUGAAGAGCGGCGUCGGCAGCUGAGAGAGAGAGCUCGUCAGCUAAUAGCAGAAGCUCGAUCCGGAGUGAAGAUGUCAGAACUUCCUAGCUACACUGAAAUGGCUGUAGAAAAGUUGAAAGAAAGGUCAAAGGCAUCUGGAGCAGAACAAAACAGUAAGUUGGUGGAUUUGAAGCUGAAGAACCUCCUAGAAGCUCAGCCACAGGUGGCAAAUUCAUUCUCCAGUGCUGCUCAGAAAGCUGUAACUGAUAGCUCAGAGCAAGACAUUAAGAAUGGAACAGAGGAGCAUCGUGCUGAGCGAUUACAAAAAGCAACAGAACGUUUUAGAAAUCCUGUUGUGUUCAGCAAGGACUCCACCGUCAGAAAAACUCAGCUCCAGUCUUUCAGUCAAUACGUGGAGAGCAGACCAGAGAUGAAAAGGCAGAGAUCAAUACAGGAAGAUACAAAGAGAGGAAAUGAGGAGAAGGCUGCGAUAACUGAGACUCAGAGGAAGCCAUCAGAAGAUGAAGUGCUUAAUAAAGGGUUCAAAGACACCAGUCAGUAUGUUGUAGGAGAAUUGGCAGCACUAGAGAAUGAGCAAAAGCAAAUUGACACCCGUGCCGCGCUGGUGGAGAAGCGCCUUCGCUAUCUCAUGGACACAGGAAGAAACACAGAAGAAGAGGAAGCUAUGAUGCAGGAGUGGUUCAUGCUGGUUAAUAAGAAGAACGCUUUAAUAAGACGAAUGAACCAGCUUUCUCUCCUGGAAAAAGAACAUGACCUAGAAAGGCGCUACGAACUGCUGAACCGGGAGUUGAGAGCAAUGCUUGCUAUUGAAGACUGGCAAAAGACCGAGGCGCAGAAGAGGCGAGAGCAGCUGCUGCUGGACGAACUCGUUCUUCUCGUUAACAAACGGGACGCGCUGGUGCGGGACCUGGACGCCCAGGAGAAGCAGGCCGAGGAAGAGGACGAGCAUUUGGAGAGGACCCUGGAGCAAAACAAAGGCAAGAUGGCCAAGAAGGAAGAGAAAUGCCUCCUCCAGUGAGCGGCCCGCCCGCGGCGCAGCGCGGCUUUUUCAGACGGCUUCAAAAUGCCGGCUGGGGAGGGGGGGGGGGGGGGGGGGGGGGGGGAGGGGGGACGGACAAAAAAAAAAAGAGAAAAAAAAAAAAAAAAAAGGUUUGGAAAACGAAAUUGUAAACUUUUUCCUCUUUCUUUACGUUUUCUUAGGCCAGAGCUAGGCUGCACCGGGCCCCGUCCCGUUGUGGGGUUUUGGGUGUUUUGUUUUUUUUUUUAAUUCUCCCUUUUUUUUUUGGGUUCCCAUCCCCGGGGGGGGGGCCCGCUGAACGCGGCUUUUUGUCGUCCUAGGGUUAGAGAGGGGGGUGGGAGGGGGGGAACAGCCACCACCAUCAUCAUCCUCAGCCGCCGGGGUCGGGCCCCCCCGAUGCCAUCGCCCCCGUGUCCCGCUGUGUCCCGUCACCCCCCCCCCCCCAGCCUCGUUUUUAUUUAUUGCGCCCGGGCGGUAAAACCCCGGCCCCCCCCCUGCCCCCGCGUGUGCCCCCACGCGUGUCCCACGUCCCUCGGUGGAGCUCGCCCCGGUUAUUUAUUACAGCCCCGAGCCGUGACACAGUUUGCAAUAAAAGCCGAAUCUUUCUUACCGUGA